AAAAAAAAUUGAACGUUUGUGUCGAGAGUUCAUUUGUGAACGUGAUAAACGUCUUCAGCCCAUCCACCAAUCACGUGCCAGUGUGCUGUGACGUCAUUGCGGAAGUAGCUAGCAAGGCGGUACACCUGCUGUUGAAUACAACGACUCACUCAGGCGAACAGGUGCGAUGGCGCAGUGGUGGCUGUAGGGGGCGAUCACCAUGAACAUCCUGCUGGCCAAGCUGCUGGGCCUGCUGGCGCUGCUGGCGCUCAUGCUGGCCGGCGUGCUGCUGCCGGCGCGCCUCCUGGCGGCCGACCGCCGCAAGGCGCAAAGUUACCGCCGCGCCGUCUCGCUGUGCAACGCCUUCUCGGGGGGCGUCUUCUUGGCCACAUGCUUCAACGCGCUGCUGCCGGCGGUCAGGGCCAAGGCGAACGACGUGCUGCAGCGGCUGAAGGUGGGCGGCGACUAUCCGGCGGCGGAGACGAUGAUGAUGGUGGGCUUCUUCGUCAGCGUCUUGGUGGAGCAGAGCGUGCUGACGUUCCGGAAGGAGACGCCGUCCUUCAUCGACUUGGAGACCUUCAACCGGGGCGGCUCGGAGGCGGGCAGCGACUCUGAGUGCGACGCGCCCUUCCUCUCCGAGGGGCGCCAUCACGGCCACCGUCACGGACACCUGAGCCCCGCGCAGCUGGUGGGGGCGGGGCCCGUGCGCCUCGCCAGUCUGGUCCUGGCGCUGUCUGCGCACUCGGUCUUCGAGGGCGUGGCGCUGGGCCUGCAAGAGGACGUGGCUAAGUUCGGCCGCCUCCUGCUGGGCGUGGCCGUGCACGAGACUCUGGCCGCCGCCGCGCUGGGCGUGAGCGCGGCCAAGGCGGCACUCGGCAUGAAGGACGCCGCCAAGAUGGCCGUCGCCGUCAGCCUGAUGAUCCCGCUGGGCGCCGCCGUGGGCGUGGCCAUCGACUCUGCUCAGACACUAGCGGGGGGCGUGGUCUCUGUGGUGCUGCAGGGGCUCGCCGCCGGAACCUUCCUCUUCGUCACCUUUUUCGAGAUCCUGACGCCAGAACUGGAGCACCAGGCGGACCGCCUCCUCAAAGUCCUCUUCCUCGUCCUCGGAUACACCGCACUCGCCGCCCUCGCCUUCAUCCGAUGGUGACCCGCGCUGACAGAGUGCGCUUGGCUCUAGACCUGGACAGGUAGAUCUAGGAUGAUAGACUACAAUGACACAGAGGUCUAGAAGGGGCAGAACUACCAGUAAACCUGGAAUGACUAGAACAUGGGAGUCUGGAACAAACUCAACUAGUACCACAGAUCUGGAAUGAAUAGAACUCUUUUUACAGGAAGCUCUAUUGGAUAGUACAGGUGACCCUGGAUAGGACUGUACUAGAAUGACACGAAGAUCUAAAACGGAUAGAACUGUACUGAAGGGAAAGGAUAGAACUGUAUUUAAAGGAAGAUCUAGAACGGAUAGAACUAUAAUUACAGGUAGAUUUAGAAGGGAUAGAACUAUAAUUACAGGUAGAUGUAGGAGGGAUAGAACUAUAAUAAUAGAAAGAUCUAGAACGGAUAGUACUGUAUUUAGAGGAAGUCUAGAACAGAGAACUAAUUUAAGGAAGACCUAGAACGGAUGGAACUAUAAUUACAGGUAGGACUAGAAGGGAUAGAACUAUAAUUACAGGUAGAUGUGGGCGGGAUAGAACUAUAACUACAGGUAGUUCUAGAAGGGAUAGUACUAUAAUUAUAGAAAGAUCUAGAACGGAUAGAACUGUAUUUAGAGGAAGUCUAGAACAGAAACUAAUUUAAGGAAGACCUAGAACGGAUGGAACUAUAAUUACAGGUAGAUCUAGGAGGGAUAGAACUGUAAUUACAGGUAGAUCUAGAAGGGAUAGAACUAUAAUUACAGGUAGAUGUGGGCGGAAUAGAACUAUAACUACAGGUAGUUCUAGAAGGGAUAGUACUAUAAUUAUAGAAAGAUCUAGAACGGAUAGAACUGUAUUUAGAGGAAGUCUAGAACAGAAACUAAUUUAAGGAAGACCUAGAACGGAUGGAACUAUAAUUACAGGUAGAUCUAGGAGGGAUAGAACUGUAAUUACAGGUAGAUCUAGAAGGGAUAGAACUAUAAUUACAGGUAGAUCUAGAAAGGAUAGAACUAUAAUUACAGGUAGAUCUAGAAGGGAUAGAACUAUAAUUACAGGUAGAUCUAGAAGGGAUAGAACUAUUAUUACAGGUAGAUCUAGAAGGGAUAGCACUAUAAUUACAGGUAGAUCUAGAAGGGAUUGAACUAUAAUUACAGGUAGACUAGAAGGGAUAGAACUGUAAUUACAGGUAGAUCUAGAAGGGAUAGAACUAUAAUUACAGGUAGAUCUAGAAGGGAUAUAACUAUAAUUACAGGUAGAUCUAGAAGGGAUUGAACUAUAAUUACAGGUAGAUCUAGAAGGGAUAGAACUAUAAUUACAGGUAGAUGUGGGAGGGAUAGAACUAUAAUUAUAGGUAGAUGUGGGAGGGAUAGAACUAUAAUUAUAGAAAGAUCUAGAACGGAUACAACUGUAUUUAGAGGAAGUCUAGAAGGGAUAGGACUAUAAUUACAGGUAGAUCUAGAAGGGAUAUAACUAUAAUUAUAGAAAGAUCUAGAACAGGUAGAACUGUAAUUACAGCUAGAUCUAGGAGGGAUAGACCUAUAACUAUAGAAAGAUCAAUAACGGAUAGUACUGUAUUUAGAGGAAGUGCUAGAACAGAUAGAACUAUAAUUACAGAAAGAUCAAGACGGACAAACUAUAAUUACAGGUAGAUCUAGGAGGGAUAGAACUAUAUUUAUAGAAAUAACUAGAAAUGAUAGGACUAUAGUUACAGGUAGAUCUAGAAAUGAUAGAACUAUAAUUACAGGUAGAUAUAAAAAUGAUAUAACUAUAAUUACAGGUAGAUCUAGAAAUGAUAGAACUAUAAUUACAGGUAGAUAUAAAAAUGAUAGAACUAUAAUUACAGGUAGAUAUAAAAAUGAUAGAACUAUAAUUACAGGUAGAUCUAGAAAUGAUAGAACCAUAAUUACAGGUAGAUAUAAAAAUGAUAGAACUAUAAUUACAGGUAGAUCUAGAAAUGAUAGAACUAUAAUUACAGGUGGAUAUAAAAAUGAUAGAACUAUAAUUACAGGUAGAUCUAGAAAUGAUAGAACUAUAAUUACAGGUAGAUAUAAAAAUGAUAGAACUAUAAUUACAGGUAGAUCUAGAAAUUAUGGAACUAUAACUACAGGUAGAUUUAGAAAUGAUAGAACUAUAAUUACAGAUAGAUCUAGAAAUGAUAGAACUAUAAUUACAGGUAGAUCUAGAAAUGAUAGAACUGCAAUUACAGGAAGAUCUAGAACAGGUGGAACUGGAAAGUACAAAACUGAAAUGGCAGGUAGAACUGCAAAAACAGAACUAGUAUGAAACAGGUAGAUCUGCAAUGGAUAAACGAUAGAUCUAGGACGGAUAGAACUAGAAUUACAGGUAGAUCCAGAAUGGAUAGAAUAUGUGAAUCUGGAACGAACAAAACCUAGAAUGACAAAUGUGUACCAGAUAUAAUGACAGAUCUAGAAAAGAUAGAACUAGAUUAAAUAAAUCAGGUAGAUCUGGAAUAACUAGACACAUUCAAACUACGUCAAUGUUUUGUUGCGUUGAUAAGGACAUUCAUUUAUGCUCAUGUUCUUCGUCAUAUUUGAUAAAUAAAUGAUCAUUCUGUUGUCAUAUU